CAAUUGAAGAACGCCAGCAACGACUGGCGGCAUAUGAGGAACCGUCAAGUGGACUGCUGUUGAAGUUCAAAUAUCCGAAUGGAUUUAUCAGAAAGAGAACUUUCAAUGUGUCGGACCCAAUUCAGGUCUUGUUUGACUUUGUCGGACAAGAUGAAAUGGCAAGUGAAAUAUUCAGUGUUCAACAAGCAACAUCAUCCAAACCAAUUGAGAGUACCUCAUCAGGCUCACUUAUGGAUCAUGGCAUAACAACAUCUGCAACUCUGUACGUGCUUUGGAUUUCAACUCUAGAUAUUCAGGAAAGGUGUCCAGUUCAGGCGAAUGUAGUGCUGGAGCAGUCACUGUCUUCGGUCCAAAGUCUACAGACAUCGCUUUCUGACCAAGCACUGACAUCUUUGUCAGCCCAGUCACCACUGGCCCCAGCAUCUCCUCAAGUGCUGUCGACCAUGCUCAACUCCCCAGAAACAUCAACUUCGUUCUCCUCCCAGGCAACUGUGUCCCAGCCCUCCACUCAAGUGAUGACCAUUGAGGACCAGGCAUCAGCUUCUCCAUUUACUGAGCAACCUGUAAUUCUCCUGGAAGACCAAGAAGAGCCACCUGAGUCUCCACAACAUCCACCAGAGUUGCCUUUGGAUGAAACAGAUCUUCAGACUAUAUUAGCAAAACUAUACAGCAAGGUUGAUAUGACUUUCUCUCCUACAAGCAACCAAAUAAAUGUGUGCAGAGACAGGAUUUUAGAAUGUAGCCUGCAUGCCUUCAGAAGACGCCGUUUUGAUCCAGCAGCAAAACUGGAUGUUAUUUUUGUGGAUGAAGAGGACAACGCUGAAGGGGCAGUUGAUGAAGGUGGUCCCACACGGGAGUAUCUAAGACUGUUAAUGAGGGCCAUUCAUCAAUCUAAUGUGUUUGAGGGGCAUGAGAAUGACCGCCAUCUAGCUUUGGACACUAGUGCGCUGGAGUCAAAAAUGUACAACUGUAUUGGAAAAAUGAUAUCAGUCUGUUUGGUGCAUGGAGGCAUUGGACCACAUUUCUUCUCUCAAAGGCUGUAUGACCAGAUUUGUGGCACAUUGUCUCAACCUACCCUGGUUGAGGAAGUUGUUAACCAUUCAUUCAGACAGCAGUUGAUCAAAAUUCAGGAUACAAACACAAUCGUGGAGGCAAACGAAGCCAUUAUGCAGGCAGCAGAUACCCUGAGCAUUGUUGGAGCAUUAAGGCGUGUAACUACUCUGGAAGAGAGGGACUCCCUUGUGCAAUCUGCUGCAGACUUCUUUGUAAAUGGCCGAGUGUGCACUUCAUUGCAACAGUUUAUGGAAGGUUUGAAGACUCUUAAUGUGCUAGACGAGAUUCAGAAAAACCCUGAAGUCUUUCAUGAAUUGUUUGUCUGUGAGGAGAAACCACUCUUGGCACGGGACCUGUACACACUUUUCCAAGUGUGUUUUUCUGUGCAAGGCAGCAAUAAAAGGAGGAUAGAAAAUCAAACCAUAUGCUACUGGAGAGACUGGUUGGUGGAUAUUGAAGGUACAAUUAUUGUGAUACUGUAAACACAAUCUGUAUCAAUU